CUAUCUGUCUCGCCAAAAGGAUCUCUGACCCAUCCGCCCCGCGCCGACGCCGACGCGCCGUUGCCUUCUCUCCCCUCACCUCCCCGACCUCAUCGCCGCGAUCCACCUCCCUCCACCCGACCCCGAAUCCAGCGCCCGGCCCAGGCGACCGCGGUCGAUCGGCUCCUCCGGCUCGCCGAAUCGGUGAAGCGGCGGCGGUCAGGCGGAAUCUGGACGCGGGCCUCGCUCGAUUCGGCGCGGGUGCCGGCUAGGGUUCGCUGACGGCGAUGAACGAGAAGCGCGGGCUGGAAGCCGCCGCCGCCGGCGACGGCCGCCCUGAGGCCAAGCGGUCGCGACCCCCGGCUCUUGCCAGUGUUAUUGUUGAAGCACUAAAGGUGGAUAGUCUGCAGAGGCUUUGCUCAUCAUUGGAACCAAUUCUCCGUAGAGUGGUUAGUGAAGAAGUGGAGCGCGCCUUGGGAAAACUUGGUCCUGCUGCAAUCACUGGGAGGUCUUCUCCAAAGCGAAUUGAAGGUCCUGGUGGAAGAAAUCUGCAACUCCAAUUCAGGACAAGAUUGUCCCUUCCCCUUUUUACCGGAGGAAAAGUUGAAGGGGAGCAGGGGGCUGCAAUUCAUGUUGUUUUGCUUGAUACCGGCAAUGGCUGUGUUGUAUCAUCUGGGCUGGAGGCGUCUGCCAAGCUUGAUAUUGUUGUUCUGGAAGGUGAUUUCAACAAUGAAGACGAGGAAGGCUGGACAGAGGAGGAAUUUGACAGUCAUAUAGUGAAGGAGCGUGAGGGAAAACGACCUAUUAUAACUGGCGAUAUACAAGUCACACUGAAAGAAGGUGUUGGCACAAUCGGGGAGUUCACGUUCACAGAUAACUCUAGCUGGAUAAGGAGUAGGAAAUUCAGACUUGGUUUGAAAAUUGCCUCAGGGUUUUGUGAGGGUGUUCGCAUCCGUGAGGCAAAAACUGAAGCUUUCAUGGUUAAGGACCAUAGAGGAGAAUUGUACAAGAAGCAUUAUCCACCUGCAUUGAAGGAUGAGGUCUGGAGGUUAGAGAAAAUAGGAAAAGAUGGGUCGUUCCAUAAGAGGCUGAAUAAAUCUGGAAUUUUAACUGUUGAAGAUUUUCUUAGGCUUGUGGUUCGGGAUCCACAGAAGCUGCGUACUAUCCUCGGAAGUGGCAUGUCCAACAAGAUGUGGGAUUCCCUUGUUGAACAUGCAAAAACCUGUGUCUUGAGUGGAAAAUAUUACAUAUACUAUUCUGAUGAGAACAGAACUGCUGGUGCUAUUUUCAACGACCUCUAUGCAUUCUGUGGGCUAAUUUCUGGCGAGCAAUUCUAUUCGUCUGAGAGUCUUGAUGAUGGCCAAAAGCAUUUUGCUGAUGGGCUGGUGAAGAAAGCAUAUGAUAAUUGGAUGUAUGUUAUUGAAUAUGAUGGCAAAGCUCUCUUGAACCCUAAACCAAAGAAAAAGGCUGCAUUAACUAAUCAAGCUGAGGCUCGUGCUCCUGCUGCAUAUGUACAGCGCAUUUCUUCAACGAGUAUGCCAGGACCAUCUACAACAGGCACAAAUGGUUCUAUAGGGUAUGAUGGCAACCAGACAGCAACACAGUCUGUUCAGCUUCAGAGUUCAUCUGCUAAUAUGCCUGUGCCAUAUGAUGACGCCUUUCCAUUUUUGCCGCAUACCAUGUUGAUGGGGUCUAAUCAGGGAACAGCAAGUGAUGGCAUGGGUCUGGAACUCGGCCAGUUGCAUCACACAAUUUCUCAAGGCCAUCCAAUUCAGCCAGCAAAUGUCGGCUACGAUAAUUGGCAUCACAACCGUGAUGGUCAGUAUGCUGAUGAUUUCACUGAAGACAUUCGCCUAAAAAGCCACCAACUGCUCGAGGGUGACGACAUGCAGCAGCUGCUCAGGGUCUUCAAUAUGGGCGGAGCUUCUACUGGUUUGCCAGACGAAACGUUUUCCUUCCCUUACAUGCAAUCUCCAUUGCCAAAUCCAGGCUUCGAAGGUGAGCCCAGCCGUCCAUCGGGCAAAGCCGUUGUCGGGUGGCUCAAGAUAAAGGCUGCUAUGAGAUGGGGAAUAUUUGUCAGGAAGAAAGCUGCCGAAAGAAGGGCGCAGAUUGUUGAGCUGGAGGAUUAAGAUCUCGGCGUGUGCUCACCGUUAGACGUUACUGUUGAAAUCUCAAAUACCAGCUGCUGUUGCUGCGAACUAGUUCUUUGGCUCACAUAUUCGUCGUGAUUGCCAUUAGAACUAGUUUUCUGUAAAUCUACAGCGAGUAGCUCUGCUACCUUGUAAAAAAAAUGUCUACUCGCUUCUUUGUAUAAUUUCAACAUAAAUUCUUGUUUAGCUUGUUCCCGUUUAGCUUAAUUUGUGCAGAAUAUUACUGUAGAAGACGGUGUGAAUUGAUGUUGACAGACAUGUAUUAUGCUUUUGUGGCCAUUAAUCGGUUGGGGUCCAUAACUUCUGGGA